CUGAAACUGAGAUUUAAUGAAGCCACAAGGUCAGACGUCCGAGUUUUGUUCAAACUAGAUAUGGCGGGUGUUGUUCUUGAGACUUUAAACGUUCGGAAGCUUGCUUCUUUUGGAUGUCUUAUGCUAGCUGUACAAAUUUGCUUUUUCCUUAUUGGUGGACUUAUAGCACCAGCUCCUAACACAACAGACCAGAUAUUAAUGUCCAAGUGUAUUGAUCGUUCCGGUGAUGUAUUAAAGUGGCAUUUUGCCAGACCGAUAUCUAAUGAGAGCUGUCAGGAACUCUUACCAGAUGGUGAUAUUGAGGAAGUAGUUCCGUCUGACGUUGAUGCAAAUGCAAUAGUGUUCAUUGCUCAGUUCCCACACCCAAGAGAUGGGAUGGAUCUGCAUAUGACCAGAUGGUUCCAACAAGUCAUUGGUGUGUUGAUGUUAGAUAUCAAGCAAAAAUAUUCCAAGGAAUUGGAAAAUACUGAGAUAACAUUUGAUUUACGAUUGGGCUAUCGUAAUCAUGAUGAUCCUAAACAUGUUUGGCACGAAUUAGCUCGUUCAGUUGAAGUUCGACCGCUUAAAUGUACUCUUGACCGUGAAGCUAAGCGACACCAAGGACAUGCUCAUGCACUUGAUGAAGGAUUUUACUACGAUUGUGAGGUUUUACCUUUGUUCACCUUAGCUAGUUGUCAUCAUGAAGAAUAUUUGUUGAACUUGAGAAUUCCUGUCGAUGAGAAGCGGAAAAUUAACGUUGGUGUUGGAAGUAUUCAGGAUGUAUGGAUGGUUGAAAUUCAUCAAAAUGGUGGAUUUACUAAGGUAUGGUUUUCGUUGAAAACAUUUUCAUUCCCAAUUGUAUUACUGGCUUUAAUAUUUUUUGGUCAUCGUGUCAGGGAGUUAGAACGUCCACCAAACAUACUAGAAAAAACUAUAUUUAUCUUGGGAAUUUGUUUAUCUAUCUUGAAUUGUCCAGUUGAAUGGUUAUCACUUAUAUAUAACUUCUCAUUUUGGCUUGUCUUAAGUGAUAUACGUCAAGGUUUAUUUUAUGCUACGCUUGUUUGCUUUUGGCUUGUUUUCACUGGUGAGCACAUGAUGCAAGACGCAUCAUCGGGGAAUCGAUCAAAGCCUAAUAAUAAUUGUUAUGGUUUAAAUGGAUUGUAUUGGCCAAGAAUUUUACUUGUGGCCAGUUGUUGUGCUGCUUUAUUUAUUUUUGAAUUAGCUGAACGUGGAGUACAAAUACGUAAUCCAUUUUACAGUAUAUGGUCUCAUCCAAUUGCUGCGAAAAUGGGUUUAACAAGUAUUGUAAUCGGUGCUUUGUGUGCAUUCGCUUACAUGAUCUAUUUAACUAUAUUAGUUGUUAAAGCAUUCAUACAAAUAUUGGGUAAACGUCGUCUGUUAAACAAUCUUCCAGUGGAACAACGUCGAUAUUACAGUGGUAUUAUAUAUCGUUUCAUGGUACUUCUAACUUAUACAAUAAUAUGCGCUGGACUUACUGUUGCAUUCUUUAUCUUUAGUCAGGUUACAGAAGAUCAAUGGAAAUGGGGUGAAAAAAGUGUGGAAUACACUUCAGCUUUUAUAACCGGUGUUUAUGGUAUGUGGAAUGUAUACGUUGUAGCUGUAUUGUGUUUGUAUUCACCAUCACAUAAAUUUCGUAGUGUCACUGGUCAACAAUUAUACAAUCGAUUAUUAAUUAAGAAUUCUGUAACAACAACAAUACUACCUGAUACCACUACUAGUAAUACCACUGCUUCUACUGUUGCCACAAUACAUGAUACAUUUUUAGGUCAUGAAUUCAAUAUGUUUGAUAAACAAUCAGAAACAAUUCAAUUAGUACCUAAACAAUCAAUUGAUUACAAAGAGAAUUUAACAUCUACAUCUACAUCUUUAUCAAAUGUUGAAACAAAAUCUUAUCUCUUAACAGAAGGUUUGAAAUUUAUCCGUAAAGAAGCAUUUGAAUAAAUUCACAUGAAAUGAUGUACAAGAAGAAGAAGAAGAAGAAGAAGAAGAAGAAGAAGAACUACUACUACUACCGUCGAUGUUCAUCAUUGUCUUCACUUCAUUUUAUUGCAUCCGGUAGGUUUAUUCUCUCUGUUUUAACACAAAUUAAUAUUUUAUUGAUAUACAACUUACAAAUUUGUUUCACCAUCCUUAUGUGUCCAUAUUCUUUAUAAAUAGUAAUUGCAUAUAUAUAACAUACUAUACCAAAGGUGCUUUUAUUAUUAUUAUUAUUAUUAUUAUUAUUAUUAUUAUUAUUAUUAUAAAUACUCCUUUGCAUUUGCAUUUCUUUGAAGCAUUUCACAUUUUAUAUGUGUGCAUCUAUUCAUUAGUUCGAUCUCACUUGUUUCUAUUUAUAAUACGAAAUUACUUAUUAGUAGUUUAGUGUAUUUAUAUUAUUUAUUCAAAAUUAUUAAUAUGCAUCGCUGAUGUUCUUCUUCUCGUUAUAUUGUUAUUAUUUACAUUUAUUACAUAUUCCUUCCGGUGUGUUCGUAUAAAAUGAUCAUCAUGUGCCUCUGUUUUCUUUUUCCUUUUUUUUUGGAAAUAUUUUGUUUAAAUAAACUGAAAUAAAUCAGGCAUUUCCUAUAUAAUUUAUACUUUAAUUGGUUCAUCACUUUGUUAGCGAACUCUAGGAGACCAUGAUAGUGAACAUUUUUAGUGAAUUUUGUUCUGAUACUUAUUGUAACAAAAAAUACUUUUAUAGAUUCGUGAUUAUAUACAUGCAUUUCUGUGAUGCUUGUACUAACUGAUAAUUCCUUAAUAUUUGUUUCCGCGCGUAUUACGGAUUGCAAAUCUAUUGAGUUCAGUUGUUCUCAUCUAGUUAUAUCUGUCUAAUUGGAGGUUUUGGGAAUAUAUGAUAAUUAGAAUUAAUGUACUAACUAAGGAUUUCCGAAAUAGUGCUAUUUAGAGCAAGUAGAAAUAGAUAAAUACAAAUGUACGUACUAUAUUUGGAACCUGUCUUCAGCGAGCAAUCAAGUAAAAAGUAAUCACCAGUUAGUACAAAUGCCACAACCUUCACAACUUAAAUGAGAAUCCAGUUUUUGGUAACCGAUAGUUCAUCUUGUAUCUGCACGAUAUAGAAUAUACUCAUUAUUGUUAGAAAUAACCGCCGAAAUUGGAGCAGACUCAUCUGGUUCCUGGAAUUGUAUUUGAUCAACAUAUCGUUUGUGUGCAACUGAAUCAUUGAUAUCUAGGAUUUGAACCGUAGAUUUUUCAACAUUUUUCAUCACAAUCUCCGUGGCUGGUUGCAGAUCAUUCCCACGAUAAUAUACAACUUUUGCAAACUCUAAAUACAUCAUAUGUGGACGAAGAAAUUCUUUUUAAUAGCUUUGAUGGAGUCUAUUUUGUUACAGAAUUUUUCGCAUUUCUAUAUUACAGUAAAAUCGUGCCUACUCCCCUCUCUAGUUCAUCAAUUGUUGAAGCAGCAGUCGAAUUAAUUGCAGUUUUCAUUGUUAUGGCAAAAGUUUCUGCCUGGUCAUUAGAACAAGGGUGCCUGAGAGCAGUGAACAGAUGCAUGCACCCUAUACUAUUCAUCCAGGUAGGAACUGUGUCUACAGCGAAAUUCGGGAUCUUAUAAUUCAACCCCCC